ACCAGCUGGUCUCCGGAGGGGGAUAGGGGGCUCCAUGAAUGGAAGCGGCGGCGGCGGCGGGAGCGACCUGAGCUUGGCUCCGGGGCCAGGGCCGGGGGCUGCCCAGGGCCCGCACUGGUGUAUGGGGGCGGCUCCUGGACCCUGAAAGCGAGGGUCGGCGACUGGGCCGAACUGGGAGGGGCGGGGCCGGGCGGCCUCGGGCCGGAGGCGCGUCGGGCUGGAGCCGGUCACGAUGCCCCGGAGGAAGCAGAGCCACCCGCAGCCCGUGAAAUGCGAGGGGGUCAAAGUGGAUACUGAAGAUUCCUUCGACGAAGGACCUGGGGCCCUGGUGUUGGAGAGUGAUUUGCUACUAGGCCAAGAUCUGGAGUUUGAGGAGGAAGAGGAAGAGGAGGAAGGUGACGGCCACAACGACCAGCUCAUGGGUUUUGAGAGAGACUCCGAAGGAGACUCUCAGGGGGCCAGACCUGGACUUCCCUAUGGGCUGAGUGACGACGAGUCUGGGGGCGGCCGGGCACUAAGUGCGGAGAGUGAAGUUGAGGAACCAGCCAGGGGUCCAGGGGAAGCCAGGGGUGAGAGGCCAGGCCCAGCCUGCCAGCUGUGUGGGGGGCCGACAGGUGAGGGGCCGUGUUGUGGGGCAGGAGGGCCGGGUGGGGGGCCCCCGCUGCCCCCACGGCUUCUGUACUCAUGCCGCCUCUGCGCCUUCGUGUCCCACUACUCGAGCCACCUGAAGCGGCACAUGCAGACACACAGCGGGGAGAAGCCGUUCCGCUGUGGCCGCUGCCCCUACGCCUCAGCCCAGCUCGUCAACCUGACACGACAUACCCGCACCCAUACUGGCGAGAAGCCCUACCGCUGUCCCCACUGCCCCUUUGCCUGCAGCAGCCUGGGCAACCUGAGGCGGCAUCAGCGCACCCACGCGGGGCCUCCCACUCCUCCCUGCCCGACCUGUGGCUUCCGAUGCUGUGCUCCACGACCAACUCGGCCCCCCAGUCCCACAGAGCAGGAGGGGACAAUGCCCCGGCGAUCGGAAGAUGCUCUGCUCCUCCCAGAUUUGAGCCUCCAUGUGCCACCAGGUGGUACCAGCUACCUGCCAGACUGUGGGCAGCUUCGGGGUGAAGGGGAGGGUUUGUGUGGAACUGGAUCAGAACCACUGCCAGAGCUGCUAUUCCCUUGGACCUGCCGGGGUUGUGGACAAGAACUGGAGGAGGGUGAGGGCAGCAGGUUGGGAACUGCCAUGUGUGGGCGUUGCGUGCGAGGAGAGGCUGGAGGGGGUGCCAGUGGGGGACCCCAGGGCCCCAGUGACAAAGGCUUUGCCUGUAGUCUCUGCCCCUUUGCCACUCACUAUCCCAACCACCUGGCUCGGCACAUGAAGACUCACAGUGGUGAGAAACCCUUCCGCUGUGCCCGCUGUCCCUAUGCCUCUGCUCAUCUGGAUAACCUGAAACGGCACCAGCGUGUCCACACAGGAGAGAAGCCCUACAAGUGCCCCCUCUGUCCAUACGCCUGUGGAAACCUGGCCAACCUCAAGCGUCAUGGUCGCAUCCACUCUGGUGACAAACCUUUUCGGUGUAGCCUCUGCAACUACAGCUGCAACCAGAGUAUGAACCUCAAACGUCAUAUGCUGCGCCAUACGGGCGAGAAGCCCUUCCGCUGUGCCACCUGCGCCUACACCACAGGCCACUGGGACAACUACAAGCGCCAUCAGAAAGUGCAUGGCCAUGGUGGGGCAGGAGGACCUGGUCUCUCUGCCCCCGAGGGCUGGGCCCCACCUCAUAGCCCACCCUCUGUUAUGAGCACUCGGGGGCCGGCAGCCCUGGGUGCUACUGGUAGCAGGGCUCUCCAUACAGACUCACCUUGAACUAGGUUUUUACCUGGGGUCCUAGGAAUUAGCCCUGACUCUCCUGCAUUUUAUACAAAUGGACUAGAAACCACCUUCCCCUUCUUCCCCCGCUGGCCAGGGGCUCCACACAGACUAACCUAGGCGCUAUAUGGACUAGCCGCAAUCAAAUGGGCAGGGGCCAUAUGGACCAGGGGGCCUGGUCUUGGCUCAUGUACUUAAUUUAAUGAGCUCAGUGAUUAGGACCUUGGAUUCACCGUCACUGUUCCCAGGGGCCAUGGAUGAACUGGUUGGGGACUGCCCAGCCUCUCACCUGUUUUAACUUAUUUCAGUGCUUUAUAAUAAAGGAAACACUAACAAAGCCAUGUCUAUGCUGAAUUGGCAAUGGCACACAGGCCUUACCCUUAGUGAGGGAAC